AGCACCGGGGAGGACAGGGAGGGAGGAGGGGACGGAGGGGGACGGCCGGAGGGACAGGUGAGCGGGCGGGGGCAUAAAAGCACGGACGGACGGACAGAGGCACGCACGGACGGACAAGGAUGACGUCGGCCACCAAGGUGUACUACAGCCAGACCACGCAGACCGACAGCCGCCCGCUCAUCGGCUCGGGCCUGCGCCGGCGCCGGGUGAUGACCAAGGAUGGCCGCAGCAACGUGCGGAUGGAGCACAUCGCCGACAAGCGCUUCCUGUACCUCAAGGACCUGUGGACCACCUUCAUCGACAUGCAGUGGCGCUACAAGCUGGUGCUCUUCUCUGCCACCUUCGCCGGCACCUGGUUCGCCUUCGGCGUCGUCUGGUACCUGGUGGCCGUGGUGCACGGGGACCUGCUGGAGUUCGACCCGCCGGCCAACCACACGCCCUGCGUCAUGCAGGUCCACACGCUCACCGGCGCCUUCCUCUUCUCCCUGGAGUCGCAGACCACCAUCGGCUACGGCUUCCGCUACAUCAGCGAGGAGUGCCCGCUCGCCAUCGUGCUGCUCAUCACCCAGCUGGUCCUCACCACCAUCAUGGAGAUCUUCAUCACCGGCACCUUCCUGGCCAAGAUCGCCCGGCCCAAGAAGCGAGCGGAGACCAUCAAGUUCAGCCAGAACGCCGUGGUGGCGCAGCACAACGGCAAGACCUGCCUCAUGAUCCGCGUGGCCAACAUGCGCAAGAGCCUCCUCAUCGGCUGCCAGGUGACGGGCAAGCUCCUGCAGACCCACCUCACCAAGGAGGGCGAGAGCGUGCGGCUCAACCAGGUCAACGUGGACUUCCAGGUGGACACGUCGUCCGACAGCCCCUUCCUCAUCCUGCCCCUCACCUUCUACCACGUGGUGGACGACGCCAGCCCCUUCCGGGACAUGGCCCUGCGGACGGGCGAAGGCGACUUCGAGCUGGUGGUGAUCCUCAGCGGCACCGUGGAGUCCACCAGCGCCACGUGCCAGGUGCGCACGUCCUACCUGCCCGAGGAGAUCCUCUGGGGCUACGAGUUCACCCCCGCCAUCUCCCUCUCGGCCAGCGGCAAGUACGUGGCCGACUUCAGCCUCUUCGACCAGGUGGUGAAGGUGGCAGUGCCCUGCUGCGUCCACGAGACCGUGCGGUUCGGGGACCCCGAGAAGGUGAAGCUGGAGGAGUCCUUGCGGGAGGCGGCGGAGCGGGAGCGGGAGGGAGCGCCGCUGAGCGUCCGCAUCAGCAACGUCUGAGACGCCGCCAGCCCUGGAGAUGCCGCCAGCGCGGGGAGACGCCACCGGCUCUUCCCCCCCUUCCCGGCUCUCGCCGUCCUCCUGGGCCUUUCCCCCCUUCCUCGUGGCACGGGGCUGCCCCGGGACCCGCGUGGGUGCUCGCCCAGCGGUGGGACCACGUCCCCCAUGUCCCAGCCCACGUGGGGACGGGGCUGUCCCCGUCCCCCUCAGCUAACGCUCUGCUAACACCAGCCAGAGACCCCCCUCCCAGCCCCUCUGCGCUGCCAGGAGGAAGGUGGACACAAUCCUGCCGGGAGAUGCUGUCCCCGGGGUGGGGGGCACACGGCCACCCCCAGCCCCUGGGGACACGGUUUCUCACCAGCUGGGAGCUGCCUCGCUGCUCGAUCCCGCCCCGGCGAGCCGGGAGGAGCGGGAUGGCUCCGUGCCAAGGGGGGAAACUGAGGCAGGACCCCCCCCCCCCCCCCCACACACACCGAGGCUGCCCCCAGAGCCGGGGCCCCCUCCCCACGCUGUCCCCCGGCCCCCUGCCUGCGGGAUGGGGACACCGGGGUGUCACCGAUAAUCGGACACGGCCGCGGCGCCGCGUCCCCGCUCGAGCCGCCACGGGCCUCGAGCACGUCGCUGCUGCUAACGUAGAGCCUCCGCCUAUUAACGCGCCUCACCGGGCAGCCCCGCGGCCCGGGGCUGAUCCUCCCUCGCUGCACCGAGCCCAGGUUCCAUGCACACGUGUAUAUAUACAGGGCGACUAAUCUCUCUAUAUAAACGGGGAAGGAGGGUUUCACCCCUGGAAAGCCUCACUCAUUCGAGCCCCGCUUCUGCCGGGGGCACCUCGGGGUCUCGUCCUCGAUUUGGGGGGGGAGAAAAGACAAAAGAAGUUACUAAAUAAAAGUUCUAUUGACAGGCA